AUGGCUCCUACCGAACAGAAGGCUCUCGUUCUCCUCACUACGGGUGGCGAAUUUGCUGUACAAAGCAAGUCGGUAACUACCUCCGGCGCCGGCGAGGUCUUGGCCAGGAUUGAGUCCACCGCCUUGAACCCGAUGGACUGCAAGGUCAAAGCCUUCGCCUUGCCCUUCGUCUCGUACCCCGGCGCUCUCGGUACCCACGGAGCUGGCGUAGUUGAGGAAGUCGGCGAAGGCGUCGCAAACCUCAAGAAGGGAGAUCAGAUCUUGUGGCAGGGCUCGUUCACGGACGAACGAGCCACCUUCCAGCAAUACGCCCUCGUGAAGGCCGACCUCGCCGCCAAGAUCCCGGACAACGCGAGCCGGGACGGGCAGGGGCCGCAAGGCGGUGGCGCGGGUUUAACUCCCUUUUACGCCGCCCCAAACACCUAUACUGGGCAACCGUUGGUAGUGCUGGGAGGUCCCACCUCCGCUGGUCAAUAUGUCAUUCAACUCGCCCGCUUGUCCGGGUUCUCACCCAUCAUCGCGACCGCGUCCGUGAAACAUUCGGACUACCUCAAGUCCCUCGGCGCUACCCACGUCCUUUCUCGCGACCUGGCCACAGAGGCGCUCAGCGCCGAGAUUGACGAGGUGACCUCGCAGCCGAUCAAGUACGUGUUCGAUACAGUCGGUGGUGCGCAGAAGGUCGGCUGGGCCCUGCUCGCGUCGGGUGGGACGCUCGUCCUCACGUUGCCGGCGGUUGAGGGCAUCGUUCGCGGUCAGGAUGGUAAAACCUUCGUGAACGUGGGCGGGAACGUCAACUAUCCCGCUCAGAAUGAACUCGGACGCGAGCUUGAUGCGCGCUUGAUCCAGCUCCUCGAGAGUGGUUUGAUCAAGGUCGGACGACACUUUCAAUGA